UCUCAACAUUACAACCCCAUCUUCGAAAUCCUUGCCAAAGUAAUUGCCAGUAUUCCAACCUCCGAGAACUGCUCAGACUUGCGCAAAACAAUUCAUACUGCUAUAGACUCAGCCGUGCCUUUUUCAAAAUCAAUCGCGCAACCGUGAUGCUCUGCGACGUUUGGGAGCCCAGCGAUAAUUGGACCGGCAUAUCUGACCAAGCGCGUAGAAAGAAGUUGCAAAACAAGCUUAAUCAGCGCGCCUAUCGUAGAAGACAUGGCAGGAAGGGCGACCAGACAUCAUCAAGCCCAGGAGAAGGCCAGGGCGUGAUCUGCACAACGGUCAAAGAAAUAGUGACCAAACAGCAUGAAGCGACUAAUCGAGGAGGGACAGCUUUAACCGACGAGAGCAUAUUGACUACGCUAUCGGCAGGGUGUGAGCUCAUCAGGUGUCCUCGACGACAAGCUUUAGCUCGAACACGCAUCCAACAGGUGUACGAAGACUACUCCCUCCGCGCUCCCCGGCCAAAAGCUUUGCAUACACUCGUACGGCUAAGAGUCCUCGCCGCGCUCGCUCACAAUGCCUUCUGCAUGGGGUUUCCUCCCGAAGGCCUAUGCCGAGCAGACUACAUCUCACCAUACAACUCCAACGGCCCCCUGGUCCUCUCUCAAUCACGCAUAGCCAGUCCAGCCCUACAGCCCACACCAUUACAAAGGAUCGUCCUCCAUCAUCCCUGGAUCGACCUUUUCCCUUUUCCCCGACUCCGGGAUAACGUUCUUCUCGGGAUUGCCGGGGGAAGCUUGGACGACGACGACUUGUGCGCUGAUAUAUUGGAGGUCAAGGACGAGGAUCUAAACGAUAAGCCUUCGCUGAUCGUAUGGGGCGAGCCCUGGGACUGGAAGGCGUGGGAAGCUAACGCGAAAUUUUUUAAGAAAUGGGGAUUCUUGGUAAAGGGGUGUCCGGAACUGCUGGAGGCUACGAAUUCGUGGAGAGUGAAGCGGGGUGAAGAGAUGUUUGUAUUUGAAGUCUGAGAUCGGACUGAGAUCGUUGAUACGCGGAUAUUAAGAGAAUCAAAUGAUGCCAUC